AUGCCUCACUCACAAGCCAUUCAUCGAUUCGUCGAUUUCAUCAACUCAGCAGAUGCCGCUAUUGGCAAUGAAGUCAUCCAUGAAUCAGCCGAAUUCCACGUUCCUUUCGAAAGCAAGCCCUUGAAGGGCGUCAGUGGAUAUCUAGAAAUGCUAGGCAUGAUGCGCGCAGCCUUUCCUGACAUCCAGUGGAGCGUCGAGCAGAUAAUCACAGAAGGAGAUACAGUGGUGCUGCGUUCUAAAACUCGUGGUACCCAGACUGGUCCAUUCAUGGGGUUCCCGCCCUCUGGAAAAAGCUUCGAAAUAGUUGGAAUGAAUCUCUUUACGUUCUCGGAGGGGAAGAUUGUUAAAGAGCAGGGGCUACCUGAUCUAUUUGGAAUACUCAUACAGAUUGGAGCAGUCAAGGUGCCUUUGUAG